AUGGCGGCAUUUAUCGACAUGGAAUCUAAAUGCAUCAAGUUUCCUCAUAGUAGUUCACUUUAUUACUAACCAGAAUUAUAUUUGAGUGAGAUUCGUAGGCAAAUAAGACGUUUAUUAUCGGUUUACAAAUCAAGCGGAAAGAUGAGACGACUGUAAAUUUGGGUGAAAACUGGCUAGAAGGGUGUGUUUUUACGAGCCGUGGGGCCUUAUGUCAAAUUGGUCAUGUAGUACACUACAUACUGCGUAGACGCUAUUGAGACAGAUAGCACUACUGGACAGGUAACGUUGAGCCACUGCACUGUGAGUAAAUUCCCGGGGUAGAUAUAAUAUUAGAUCAGAUAUUAUAAUCAAGCUAUUUUGACCCGAGAGAAACAAGGUGAGAUAAGCGUGUUUGUAAUUAUGAAACAAAAAGGUGACUCCAUCUCUUGUACACACUCACCUGCUAGAAGGAAGAGCCCCAAGAUGGGAAGAACGUUUUGUGUUUAUUUCCAUAAAGUAUUUAUAUUACUAAUGUUUAAAGCAAGCAAUUAGUCGCUUAGCAAACUAAUGCUACUCAUAAUAUAAUAACAAUAAUAAAAAAGGACAUGGCCAAGGUGAACGGGAGAGCUGUUGCUAAGUAAUGAAAAAAAGAGGAGUAUUGAGCAGCCGAAACUGACUCCUCUACUCACUGCUAGUUUCAGAGAGUCUGGAGCAUGGAGACGGAAACGGAUAUCGCGCCGCAAACGGAUGGAAAAUCUGUUUCUCUGGGGGAUAAGUGCAAGUCCGAACCAGCCGUGUUCCAGGAAGACGAGAUUCUGGUCGCACAGAUGAAGGAAACGUCCAGGUUUAAGGGGACAAGCCUGAAAAUGGAUGCUGGAUUGAAAGCUGAGCCAGCUGUUUUGCAGGAAAGAGGGUCCGAGGUUGCGGGUCCGAAGACGGAGGGCUGCGGGUCAGAGGUAUCGGGUCUGCAGAUGGAAAUGAGGAGCCUGCAGCAGGAGCUGGGGAAGUGUCAGAUUGAACUGAAGAGAGUACAGAAGCAGCUGGACCAAAGUCUAAGGCUUCAGAGGAGCACAGAAAGCUUCAACCAUGAUCUAAGACAGCAGGUUGAGGAGCUGAGCGCUGAGCUUCAUGAGCGGAAGAAAAAAGAGAAGAGCCGGGUGGAAGUGGAGACUCAGACUGAGGACUACACCCAGGUUGAGACAGAUUACAGUUAUUACUACAGUGGAUACUAUCAGGCUGCUGAAGAAUAUGCACUUAACACUGCUACUGAAAUUCCAGAGACCGCUGAAAUGUAUCCCGCUACAACAGAGACAGCACCAGCCAGUUUACAGCAGUCAGAUGAAAUGACCAACACGGUCGACACAGAGGUGGUUGUCAGCAGCAGCUCAUCCAUAGCAGCAAUGUUGAGAGCCACAGCAGAAGAGGCAGUCUCUCAGACGGGCUUUGUUUUUGAUGAGAGCUCAGGAAUGUACUAUGACCAUUCCACUGGCUUCUACUAUGACUCGAGCAGUCAGCUGUAUUAUGAUGCCAACACUGGCAUCUACUACUGCUAUGACCACACCAGUGGAAAGUAUCAGUUCCACUCUCGAAUUGAGCUGUCUACAGUUCAACCAGGCCAAACUGCCAAUGACAAGGAGAGUGUCAACAAAAGGAAGAGCAAGAGGACCUUGGAGAGACCAGAACAUCCAGAGGCCCAGAACCACGGUGGGGUGAAGGAGAGGCCCAAAUCUGUAAAAGAUCAGGAGCCGCAGAGCAUGGGGAAGAGGGGUGAGACCAUCACACAGAGAAAAGGACAACACUCUCUGAGCCAGACGCGCCUGUCUCGAUCACGGAGCCGGACUCGCCUUUCGCGUUCCCGGAGCCGGACGCGCCUUUCGCGUUCCCGGAGCCGGACGCGCCUGUCUCGAUCCCGGAGCCGGACGCGCCUGUCUCGAUCCCGGAGCCGGACGCGCGUGUCUCGAUCCCGGAGCCGGACGCGCCUGUCUCGUUCACGGAGCCGGACGCGCCUGUCUCGUUCACGGAGCAGGACGCGCCUGUCUCGAUCACGGAGCAGGACGCGCCUGUCUCGAUCACGGAGCAGGACGCGCCUGUCUCGAUCACGGAGCAGGACUCGAUCACUGAGCAGGACGCGCCGGUCUCGCUCACAUAGCAAGUUGCAAAGACUUAACAGGACACGUUCCGAAGACAGUAAGAAGAAGAAAAAGAAGAGGAAGAAGAAGAAGAGAGAGUCACAUUCGCACAGGGAUUGGAGCUCACACUCUGCUAAUAUGGGCAGUGAAAGUGAACCAGAAGAAGGAGAGAUCUUGCAGUCCAGGACAAAGAAGUAUCCUUCACCAUCAUCCUCGUCAGCAUCUCUGUCUCCCAAUCCGGUUACCUCUCCAGUUUCAUACAGCCCAGAGAGAGACACGCAACCAAUGGAAGAAGGAUGGCCCCCAUGCGUGAGAGUGAUUGUGGUUCGCUCUCCUGUCCUGCAGCCCGGCACUCUUUUUAUCCUCACAGCUGACAGCAUCGCCACUAUCGGCCGGGAGAAGGAUAUGGACCAUGCCAUCAGGAUUCCAGAGAUGGGAGUCAGUAAGUGCCACGUAGAGGUGUAUUUUGAUCAGGAUCAGCAGUGUUACAUGUUGGUAGACCGGGGCAGUCAGAACGGCACGGUGCUCAAUGGCAACAGAAUUCUACAGCCUAAAGUGCGCAGUGACCCUUGCCCUUUAACGCAUGGCGAUGAAGUGAAACUGGGCGAGACGGUUUUAUCCUUCCACAUUCACAUGGGUUCGGACACGUGCGACGCUUGCGAGCCUGGACAGGUUCGAGCUCACCUGAGCUACCGCCGCCCAGAAGAAAACAUGGGUGUUGUACUGAGUAAGGAGGACAAAGAGGUGCAGAGACAGAGACAGCUCAGACAGAUCAAACUUAAAUAUGGCCUUAAAAACAGUGCCUACGAAGGUGGCUGUGUGUCGAGCAAUAAGUAUAAGGACAGAGCAGAGAACCGGAGGCAGACCGUGGGAAGUGAGGGAACCUUCUACAGAGACGAUGCCCCUGCAUCUGUGCACGUCGAGAUCAGUGACCGGAACAAGGGUCGUCAGAUGUUGGAGCGAAUGGGAUGGAAGAGCGGAGAGGGACUAGGCAGAGAUGGAGGAGGCAUUACCGAGCCUGUGGAGGUGCAGGUUCGGGUGCCUCAGUCCGGUCUGGGCUGUGGAGCGAUUUUUCCUGUGGAUGAGGUUCCUGCUGGCCGGAGUAGAAGACAGCAGAACUGGGAGCACGCAAGGGAGCGCUUCCAACACGCGGACCUCGGUCAUGACGAACCCGACUCGGGAGACGUCCUCCCGAGCGACCCGUGAACCUGGCUUCGCAGUGCGACGAUUACUCGCUUUGAGGACACGGCGCCAGAAGUAAACUUGACUCAAGGGACGGAGUAAAUGAGACUUUACACAUUUCGUAGUGAACGUGGUCGAAUGAAAUACACAAUAAAUUGUACAUUAAAAGAAUUCUGCAGUGUUUAUAUCCACGGCUUGUGUAGUUUUGUUAAUAAAUCUGCAGAACCACUUUCUGCUCUGUAUUUUACAAAGAGGCAGAAUGUGGGU